CGCCAUGAACGCGUCGCGUGUCUCGUGUUGUUGUCGUCUGAUGCUCCGGAGCUAGCAGGCUGCGGACAGAUGCCUCCUCCAGCCGGCUGCGACUCACUCAUGUAGAGCACGAGGAAAACAAGGGUUUCUCCACCAAAGAGUCGAGAAUGAGGAGAGUCACGUUGUUCGUUAACGGGACGUCUAAAAACGGCAAGGUUGUAGCAGUGUACGGGACCUUGUCUGACUUGCUCUCCGUGGCCAGCAAUAAGUUGGGAAUCAAAGCCUGCUGUCUGUACAAUGGGAAAGGGGGUCUGAUCGACGACAUUGCCCUCAUCAGAGAUGACGACGUGCUGUACGUCUCAGAAGGCGACCCUUACAUCGAUCCUCAUCACGAGGCGAAAGCGUCGCUGGAUCAGCUCGGCGCUCACACCGAUUGGCUGACCCUCAACAUUGGCGGCCGCCUCUUCACCACCACCAGGAGCACUCUGGUCAGCAAGGAGCCGGAGAGCAUGCUCGCUCACAUGUUCCGAGGGAAAGGUUGGUGUCUGAUCCACAGCGGAGCCACUCAUUUUCUUCAUCUCACACGUGUAUUGUUCCUCGUCGUUCCAGACGUCUGGGGGAACAAGCAGGACGAGCAGGGCGCCUACCUCAUCGACCGCAGCCCGGAUUACUUCGAGCCCAUCCUCAACUACCUGAGACACGGGCAGCUCAUCAUCAACGAAGGCAUCAACGUACGAGGUGUCCUCGAGGAAGCGCGCUUCUUCGGAAUAGAGCAACUGGCCGAGCAGUUGGAGGAGGUCAUGAAGACCUCCCAGCCACCAGGGGACCACUCCCCCAUUUCCCGCAAAGAAUUGGUGCGAUUUCUCUUGGCGACGCCCACCAAGUCUGAGCUGCGCUGCCAGGGUCUGAAUUUCAGCGGGGCUGAUCUGUCCAGACUGGAUUUGCGCUACAUCAACUUCAAGAUGGCAAACCUGAGCCGCUGCAGCCUGUCGCACGCCAACCUGUGCUGCUCCAAUCUGGAGCGGGCCGAUCUGUCCGGCGCCAACCUGGAUGGCGCUAACCUGCAGGGGGUGAAGAUGCUGUGUUCCAAUGCUGAAGGAGCCUCACUGAGAGGAUGCAACUUCGAAGAUCCCUCUGGGCUGAAGGCAAACCUGGAAGGCGCCAACCUGAAAGGCGUGGACAUGGAGGGAAGCCAGAUGACCGGCAUCAACCUGCGUGUGGCCACUCUGAAGAACGCUAAGCUGAAGAACUGCAACCUGCGGGGCGCCACUUUAGCCGGCACUGACCUCGAGAACUGUGACCUCUCUGGCUGUGAUCUGCAGGAGGCCAACCUCAGAGGAUCCAACGUGAAGGGAGCCAUUUUUGAAGAGAUGCUGACCCCGCUGCACAUGUCGCAGAGUGUUAGAUAAACUGGCCGGCGUCUGUCCCGCCGGUUACAUUAUUCCUGGCGAAUAUCCCCGACCUGUGUGAAGUGCAGGUACUUAUGCACACCCCUGCCAUUCCCUCCUCCAGUUACGUUGGCUUUAUUAUCUUGCACUACAACAUGUCCAGGGUCGUGUUUGUGUUUCUGUUUGUGCUUGUUUCCUUUGUGUUUUUUCAGCUGCAUUUAUCAACCAAAAUGAUGUUGAAGUAUACGGUAUUCAUGUAACGUUUUCUUGUACAUUUCCUGACUGCGUACGGGAUCAUAGAGAGCUGAAACCAGCGCUCCCUGAGCUUCACUGUGUUGCUGGAACGGGGCGUUUGUGCGAGCGUCUCGCCUCGAGUCUCGCAGGAAUCCAAAUGAACGCGAUGCAAGCCAAAGCCAUACAACAGUACCGUGCUGGGAAACUAUGCGCUAGAUGUAUGCAAUACAUGGAUUUAUAGUUGUACUCCCCAAUCUGUAAAUCUACCUCUUUGGUUUGGUAAUCCGGUUUACCAUUGAUCCUCUUGCAUGCCUUCACCUGUAGCACCGCUGGUAUACAGUAUAUCGAUGUCAUUUAUUACGUCACACUUGUCGUGAUUCCUACCCGGACGUACUUCUCACUCCCUUAUACUAGUACUUAAACGGCGUACAUGUGUUUCUUUGUCACCACCUGUUGUAAUCCAGUGCUUCCAAACACUUUCUCCACUUGCAUGUGCGGCUCCAUGUACUCGUCUUCAAAUGAGCUGUAGCUGGCGGCUGCGCUGAUGCAAUACGAUGAUGUCACUUCCUGCAGUGACCCGGUACCGGAGUGGCGGACGAUGGCAAUCAUGUGUCUGCCCUCGAUGUAGGGUGCGCACUUAUUUAUUUGAGUCUCUCUGAAUGCAAUAUGGACGGCGUCUCUUCAAGCCUGAGACCCGGGCGUCUGUCACGGCGCCCCGUCUGUGAUUGUUAUUGCACUUGACCGUGGAAAUAUGUUUCCAAUGACGACUGUUAUUAAAUAAACUGUUGAAAGAAAGGUCUUUUGGCUGGUCGGUCAGAUGAUGUCAGCACUGCUAAUCCCACUCUUGAGACUCCCCGCAGGGAGGCGUGGCAUUCAAAAGGUGAAACGGCACUGACAGUCGACAGACUGGACCAGAAGCGCUGCUCUUCUUUGGAUCAGAAGGUAAAGCUUCCUUUGUUUAUCACUCGACCGAGGCUACUGCUCCUCUUCAGUCACGGCUGCUGUGCUGCUCAGGUUGUUUAUGUUAGUCUCGUUUAGGCUUGUUAUGGAUGAAGAAAUCAUCUGGCUGUGAUGAGUAUAGAGGCACGGCUCACAGUUUGAUCCUGUGAGUUUCAUCUCCAAGUCCAGGUCCCAAUUGUCCCACUUUUCUUUUUCAGUCAGCAAAUCCAUGCGCUAAUAAUGUGGCUUUGCAUCAAAAUAAAAAAGUUAGAUGUUUGAAUUUUAAAGUUACAACUACAUGAUGGACUAUAGAAACUAUAAACCUCCUAAAAAAACAAUAUGCUCAGGUAAGUACAAGGAAUGUGUUGCCCUUUUUCUUGCUGCUUCCAUUUCUUGUGUCCGGCUUUUAGACACCAGUUGCAUUCAAAUCCUAUAAAGAGGAUCCAGCGCUGUGUUUAGCUUUUGAGUGGGAUGAAGUAAAUGUGUUUUUCAAUCUUUUUCUGGCUCCUAAAGAAACCACAAGAGGGCAGACCCCAUAACAAGCAUCUUAUCUGCUUCCACACUGGAAUGUUUAUGCUGCAAUAUCCCUGUCUUUCUCUCAUUGUUUUGAUAUAUUUCACGUUCAGUAUUUCGACUGUUAUGAGCACAAGCGGACAUCAGAUGACAGCGCUUUCUUUAAGACACACAUGAGAGACGUGAAGAAGAAAUUAAAAAUCCUUCCAGACGUUGGUAGAUCAACAGCCAUAAUUAUAACACAAGAUGAUUUGUUACAGUUAUUCGAUUGUAUGUUUCAUUGAGUUAAAAUGUCUGUUUUCUUAAAAUCAGAGCUGGUCACGUGACCGGAUGUAGAUGUUUUGCCACCAGCCAUGAAGGUUUAAAAUAUGUUUGGAGGUUAUUCUGUAGCAGAGCAGAUUGUCACGACAUGUGUAGUAAGUGGGAGGAGGAUGAGCUUCAAAGAUCGACUCGAGUUUCCUCCCACACCAGGGUGUCCCUGCCUGAAUUCAACUGAUCCUCAAGCAUAACCUUUGACCUCCGACUCCCC